GAGUCUAAAUACCGCGGACACCUGCAGAUUGACAUUACCAAUUGAAAUUCUAUAUAUAGAUAUACAUUCUACAUAUCACAAUCGCGCGGCACAGAAUACACGGGCAUUUACAGUCUAGUUAUAUUCAGUCAAUAACAGUCAAUAACGUUUAGUCAAACAAUGCUGGACUCGAGCGAUAUCGAACAUGUAAGAGUGUUUAAUGUAUUUAUCUUCAGCCAAUAUUCAAUCAUUUAGGGUACCGAUGGAGCACAGGAUGUCUUGUCAAUAAUUGUCUUGAGAAAACCUUCGAAUAAACAAGUCGACAGGAUCUCAAGUCUCAUAACCACGUACACAGAUAAUAGUUUGACAGGAAAUCAGAGUGCAAGUCGCGUUACUGAAAUCAUAGGAGUCGGUAUCGCAAAAGAUGCGCUAUGAUAGAAUGCACCGUGUGCAGGCUGACUUUUAGUGCAUCGUUUCAUUGGAGUUCAUUAAUCAGACUUGUUAGAGUGGUUGGUGUUUGGCUAAGAAAAAGGUCAACUCUCUCAAGUCUUUACUCGUACAAUAAGCCGGCGCCCCACCCGCAGCAGUGCAGUGCAAUUUUUCUCACUACGAACUCGCCUGUUCUCUUGGGAGUCUUGUGAGAAGAUUCUUGUUGAUAAUGGACAAACAUUGAUGAAACUGUCAUAACUUGUAAGAAGCAUCAUGUAUGCACUUCAGAUGCAGAUCGCCUGCCAAAGCGAAGGCAAUGGCGAACCUGAUGAUUCAAAUGGAGUACUUCAGGAACCUACUAGGACUGCAAGUCAGGAUUGUAGUUCUUAUGACAUCAUUAAAGCCACCCAGUAUGGUGCAUUGGAGCGUGUAUCUGAACUGGUGGAAGGUGGUGUGGAUGUCAAUCAACCUGAUGCAGAAACAGUAACCUUACUCCAUUGGGCUGCGAUAAAUAAUCGAAAGGAAGUAGUUAAAUAUUUGAUUGCUAAAGGAGCUGUGGUAGAUGCGAUAGGUGGCCUACUAGCUUCUACACCGUUGCACUGGGCUACACGACAUGGCCAUUUAUCCACUGUUGUGAUAUUAAUGAGAGCUGGAGCCGAUCCAACUCUUAGAGAUUCUGAGGGUUUCUCAUGUAUUCACUUGGCAGCACAAUUUGGCCACACGGCUAUAGUUGCUUAUCUAGUUGCAAAAGGAGUAAAUCCUAACAUGCCAGAUAAAAGUGCUUUAACUCCGCUCAUGUGGAGCGCAUACAAAGUUAACAGUUUAGACCCAACCCGUCUCUUGUUAACUUUGGGCGCCUCACAUUCACUUACGGAUAAUCUUCAUGGCAAUACAGCCUUACAUUGGGCUAUAAUAGCUAAAAACAAUACAGCAAUAUCCACACUAGUUCAACAUGGAGCAUCGUUAGACGUACCAAAUUUUAAAAACGAGACUCCACAGACCCUUCUGGGUCCUCACAUUGGAGCUGCUUGGCUCGGACACAAAGUUACACAAGCAAUCAGAGAGAAACAAGGACGUACCAGAGCAUGGUGUAGAGAUAAGAGAGUACGAUGGUACUGUAUGGUCAGUACUCCAUUCAUAGUGUUUUACGUUAUUGGAAUAGUACUGCAAAGUGGGUUGGAUUAUCUAACUAAACUAGGCGCCUUCCUCACCAUCUACAUAGCAGUCUAUUUAGCAAAUCAUAUUUUCUUUGACGAAAGGCUGUUUCACAUUCUACCUAUGUCCAUUUAUUUGGCAACCAAGAUGUGGAUAUAUGCUACGUGGAUAUUCUGGCUUGGCGUUCACGCAGCCUGGUAUUUAUGGCUUUUAUUAGUCGGUGGUUCUGUUCCUCUUUGGGUAUGUUUCUUGCAAUCGUGGAGAGGAGAUCCUGGUAUUAUAACAGCCACGCAAGAAGACAAACUCAAUACAAUAAUAGAAUUGGCAGAAUCCGGUGGUUUCGAACCCCAAUGGUUUUGCAGUAGCUGUUUGGUCAGGAAACCAAUGCGCUCUAAACAUUGUUCCACUUGUGAUCGUUGCAUCGCACGGUUCGAUCAUCAUUGUCCUUGGGUCAACAAUUGUAUUGGUGCGCAUAAUCACAAAUACUUUCUUGGCUUCCUGGCAUCCUUACUUGCGCUCUGUAUCGUCGUUCUGUCCGCAAGUGUUCAGUAUUGGCAAUUCGAAUGCUGGACAAAUCUUACGAACGGUCAUAGCCCUGACAAUUACCUAGUUGCCGCAGCAACAUGCGACGCCUGGGUCACUUGGGUCGCUGCAAACACGGCUCUGCAUUCCUUUUGGGUUGGCACACUCCUGGCAUGCCAAUGCUAUCAGAUUAUGGUCCUGGGCAUGACAACUAAUGAACGCAUGAAUGCUGGCCGCUACAAGCACUUCAAGCAAGGCAAUCCAUUCCAUCGCGGCGCAUUGCAAAAUGCCGCAGACUUUUGCAAUUUCAGUUUUUGUGGCGUCAAAGCGAAACCCAGUUCCGAUUGGCUGCACAGUUUCGACCUGAAGCAAAGCAUAGAGAAGCUACCACUUCUUGCUGCUAAGGAUAACUUUCAAUACGUCUAAGAUUGAUUGGUUGUCACUUAUUGAGAUUUAUUGUCAAUGUUAUUUCUAGUCACCAGAAGCUGACAGAGACCAUAUCACUUAAAGCCUGUUGUAUAAUUCCACGCUACCAAAGAGUUGCAGGUGAAAAUAUUUAGGUAACAUCGCGCAAGGCAGUAGCUAUUAAAACGUAAUCUAAGACUCCUUGGAAAUUGCUGGUUCUAGGUUGGCUAGAUUGCUAGACGUGACUCUUUGUUAGGAAUGGAUGUUGCGGGUAAGACUGCUCAUUUACAUCAUACACUCUGUAUCGAGAGCCAGCUGAGUUAUAUGGAAUUCACACAGUCGCUCGUCUGUUGCUUGCCAGAAAAUUGUGAAGGUGAUGAGCAGUAUUUGUUCUGUCUCCUGUUUUUUCUGAUAUAUACAAAAACUUAAGCUUGUUUUUUAUUUUCAGUUUUUUAUGACUUUCAUUGAUUUCUGCUACUUGUUGCUAUUUAUGUCACAGGUUUUCCCAACAGUAUCAUAUAUCUUAUCCCUGCAGAAUCAUUUCAUUAUACGACUACAACUAUUCUAUUGAGAGGAAGUGUCCUGCGAAGCUUAUUACUUUGCUUCGGUCACUCUUUCAUUUUCAUCCUUUCGAUCGAACAAUACUUACAUUUGUUAUAAAGCUUUUUGUACUAGCUCUUAACGUUAUGUGACUUUUUAAAUAUUUUACUAUAAGUUUAAGAGUUUACUGUGAUAUCUGUGCUUGUUACAUCCUGGUCGAAGUUCAAACAGUGCUGGUCUGUUAAAUAUAAAGAAUUUACAGUAGAAAUACAAUUAUUGGCAAGCGAUAGAUCCAGAUUUUUGGUACAGGCAGAAGUUGUUAUUUAUUUUUAUUUUUAUUCUUUUUAACUCCAUCACCUUUAUCAGAUGCAGCUUAAAUAUCUAAGUAUCAGUACGUCUCUGGUACUAUUUUCCCUCUUAUCACGAUGGCAUUUAAAGAUUAAAAUUCUUAUAAGAUAUCCAAUUCGAAGUCGAAUACCAAAAAACCAUACGAGACUUUAGAACAAAUUAAUUUAAUUAUCAUUGAUAUUGCGAUUAUUUGUAAAUAUUAUUUAGCUCCAUUUCGUAUAACUUUACACGACUCAUUGGUCAUCCGGUAAAAUGAUCAAGGAACAUUAGUGGCAGCUCUGCUGUGACCUUUCCAUACGAUUUAGACAAUCUGUCUCUUCUUUAAAUAAAUUCCAUUUCAUUUGCAUCAUUUGAUUGGAAGUUAUAUCUAAUAAUUCUGAUAUUAAAUUCCAUUUGGAUGCUAAGUGGUCUUUUUAUUGCGAUGCGCAGAUACCCGAAAUACAGUAAAGAAAUACAGAAAUCAAAAAGCAACUCGUGAUAAUAACGAUUUUAUUGUGGAUAUCGCUCUUCUAAGAAAAUUAUGAAAUCAAUUGAUCUACAUUCCAAUCCUUAUCAGAAGAAUAUUAGUGCUGUACGAUUAUAUUACUAUAUAUCGAUUUCGUAAUCCGUAAACAACGUCUGCACGCCUUGUGACGACACCAUUAAUACUUUACGUGAGAAAAGAGUAUCGGUGAACUAUUAAUUAACGAAUAAUGAUCGCUUUAAGAUUGUAAUUUAUAUAUUUUUAGCUAAUAAGUAUAUUUCCUACUUCUCAGCUUACUUUACGAUACGUUAUAAGUUUCGUUGUCUGUGCGUAUUUUAUAUAUACAUAUAUGUGUGUAAUAAUUAAAGCGGUCAACGGGCCGUAAUUGUAUUACACAAGUUUUCUGCUUUUGUGAAAAAAAAAUGUAAAAGAGGUAAGACAGUCACUACUCUCUAAGUAGCGCGCUUACUACUGACACGUCAUAGUAACGCCAAGCAAACACGACACUACUCUAGUAUAAAUAAUAUGCAUUGACUGUCAGAGCGAUCAGUACUUUGAUUUCAGAAUUAUUAUUUUUUAAUUAAUAUCAAUUAAUUGACGCCUCUCUGCUAUUUGGAUUAAUGCCUGGCGACGUACGAUAUUGUAGCUUUUGUUUUCUUCGAUUUUGGAAAACUAGUCACCGAUCGCUUUGAGGCGACAAUGUCAAUUCACUCGCUGUAUAUUAAAACUAUUAAGAAUAUAUGUUAUACUCAAUGUCAAUACCCUCUUUUGGUAAUGAUUACGUAAGUACAGUAUAUACGCGGUCUUUGUACGAUCCUCAUACAGACGAUGGAUUUAUCAGAGGAUGGUAAAAUUAUGUCAUGUAGAAUUUUUGUCACGUCGAUAUAACUCGUGUCUAAUUUACAAACAAAGUCCUUUUUUAUUUAAUUUCUAGUCCAGCUAACAUUGCCAAAUGCUUUUGAGGCGUCUUGGUUGUUUCUGAGUUCUCUUGUAGCUUUUUAUUUUUUGUAUCGGUGAAAUUGUGAAUGUUUAGCUAUUGUAAAAAAAUUAUUAGUAACAAUAAGUAUUAGAGAACGGAAUGUCCUACUAACAGCAUAGUGAAAUAAUUGUUAACGAUAUCCAAGGUGGAAGAAGUGGAUGAAACGAGAGAGAGAGCAAAGCAAGCAAGACACAGUACAGUGUAUGAUUCUGUUAUAUCGAAUUUUGAGAAUUCGUUAAAAUACCUUUGCUAUGCCCUUGCUAAAAGACAUUUCAGAUUAGAGAAAGACGCAGAGAAAAUAAUAUUUUCGUAUAGCUAAUAUAGUCACGAUUAGACGAUACGAAUGCAUUGUUAGUGUAUUUUGCAUGAUGUUAAUGUUAACGCCCGUAAGUUGUAUUGCCAGAUUGCAGAUUUCCAUUUCGUUAAUCAGAUUAAAUAUGAAAACUGAUUGGACUACGAGAGAAAAUAAUUGUAGAGCCUUUAGGAGGCUCUUGAGGAGCACUUGAUUUUAAUAACUGCAAUACGCGGAUAAAUGUUUGAAAAAUUACGAGAUUUCGGCACUCCAAUUCUUGGAGAUGUCUUUCCUUGUAAAUCGACGGCCUGUAAACGUAAAUCGAAAUUGUAUUAUCUUAAUGUUUGUUGAAAUUCUAAAAGAAAUUGUUGUAAUGAUAUAAUUAAGACUAUAAUAAGGCGACGUUAUGGUUAGUAGUGACUAUCAGCAUAAUUUGAAAAUUUCGAAAUGGUCUCCUUUACGUUUCAACUCGAACUGAUCUCAUUGAUAAGAUUAUUCAAAUACUUAAUCGUAAUGUAAGCCUUCCUAGAUAUCACGAAUAAACGAUUAAUCCGUGAUACUUAA